UUGCGCCGCCAUUUUGUCUGUGUGGGGUGGGUGUGGGUGGUGUUUCGUCUUCGGUCCCGUGCGGUGUUGAGGCGGUGCAAGGUGGUCGUGCGCGGGUUGUUGCGGCUUUCGCGUGUCGCUUGUGAUUGAGAGAUGCAGAGGUGAUAAUAAGAGUCUGGAGGGAGUUUUCUGAAAGCAUAAGCCAUAACUGGUAUGCAGGAUGUUUUUCUGAGUUUCACUACUGGGGUACUUGUUUUUUGUAAAAUUCAAAUGACAGGGAUCCAUAUUCAACUUGGAAGGUGGAUCGUGUUAUCACUAGCCACUUCAUAUAUGCUUAGGAAAGAAUGGAAUCUUUGGCUCCCUCACCAAACACUUUAGAUAUGCAUCUGAAGAUAACUUGUGUAGAAUGCCAUCCAGAGUGUUUGCUAGUGGCAUUUCAGGGUCAAUACAAGGAUGAGUGUGAAUUUGACUACAACAUAUUACAAAAUGAAAUCGAACGUGCAUUCAAAGUACAAGAUAAUGUUGAUAUUUGUGGAUCAUGUUUGGUGGAAGACACAGAAGGAAAAUGGCAUAGAGGAAAAGUUUUGAAAAAGAAAGAGAACAUCUAUGAGGUCUGUCUUAUAGACAUUGGGAAAGUGAUAAUGGUUGAUGAAAUACAUAUUGCUUCUGCUUGUGCUGAAUUGUUUCAGCUGCCUCCAAAGAUAGUUUAUGGAGUUUUUGCAAACGUACUUCCUCUUGGAGAAAAAUGGGGUCCAAAAGCUGUAAACUAUUUUUCAUCUCUGGUAGGAUUACAGAUUGCAGGUCAUGUGAAAGCUGUUUUACCGUAUCAGCUGUAUAUCCUGGAAGUAUCAAAGGUCAUUAGUGAUAUUGUUGAACUGCAGUUAGGAAAACUUAUUGAUGGAGAUUCAUUUUGUCUUAUUGUAGAAACACUAAAAGCAUUGCCCCAAGAAAUGCUUUGUAAGCAAAUGCCACAGUUGUUGAAACAUAAGUAUGCAGUCCAGGAGUUACUUACAUUUAGUGAUUCUGAGAAACCAUCGUAUUUUCAUCCAGUUCCUGGUGAUCUCUUGCCACUUCUGCCUGUUGGCAGUAAAGAAAAUGUAAAAAUAACUGUUGCAAUAAGUCCAAAUAAAUUUUACUGUCAGAUACAGAAAUGGCAGAAAGAGCUGGAAGAUUUGACAGGAGCAAUGCAUUUGUACUAUGAAGCUAUAAGCAGAGACUGUAAUACAUCAUUGGGUAGUUUAGGGUUACUUUGUGCUGCCAGAAGACAAAACGGACAGUGGCAUAGAGGUGUGAUACAACAGUUUCUCGCUGACCGUGUGGAAGUCUGGUUUAUGGAUUUUGGCAAUAUUGAAGCUGUGCCAUCUAGUAGUGUUUGGAAACUUAAAGAAGAAUUCAUGUCAUUACCAAUGAUUUCAUUUCCUUGUGCACUGUCUUGUUUUGGUAAUCAGGAUGAAGCAGCAAUAAAACUUCAGCUGAAAGAAUUUAUGCAGGCCUUGAUAGGACAAACUUCUGUGUGUGUCUGUAUUGAUUUAUUUAAUGCCAGUAAACACUUGUAUUAUAUUACACUGCAAAAUCAAAAAUUUGGAAUAAAUAAUACAUUUCCAGAAAAACUGAAUGAGACAGCUGCAUUGCAUGUCUCACCUUCUGAUGCAAAAACUACAAGUACUGAUGUAAACUACAAAACAGGUGAUGAGAACCACAGUUCAUUUAAGAAUUAUACUAGAAAUAAACUGACAAACUGCUUAACUGAAUAUGGCAGUUCUUUUUCAAGCCACUGCAAAAGGGUAGGAAUGAAAAUGAAUUCUUCCCAUGUUGCUUUUGUGGUUUAUGUAAUAAAUCCAUCAAACUUCUGGAUUCAAACAAAAAAAUGUAAGAAUGAAUUUCAAGCCUUGAUGAAAAAUAUUGCAGAUGUGUAUAACAAAUGUGGAACGGAUGACAGGGUCCUUAAAAACCCAAAACCUGGAUUGCUGUGCUGUGCCCGGUAUAGCAAAGAUAUGCGCUAUUAUCGGGGUGUUGUCACUGAAGUGCUUUGUGUCAACGUUAUUGUAUACUUUUUGGAUUUUGGAUAUACAGAUACAGUACCCUGUUGUGAUGUAAAAACAUUGCUUCCGGAGUUUUCUGAUUUACCAGCUUUAGCUAUGUGUUGUGCACUUGCAUGCACAUUUCCCAUGGAGGAUGUGUGGAUUAAAAAGGAAACUGAUUUCUUCAAAGAGACCGUGUUUAACAAACCAAUUCUGCUUCGAGUAGUUGGAAAGCAAAACAGCAAAUAUAUUGUUAAUGCACAGUGUAUGAAUGGUUUGCAGGAAUGCAAUGUUGCCAUGUGUAUGGUUCAGGCUGGAUGUGCUGAAUACUGGGAGGGGAGACCAGAAUCUCUUCUAAAUUUGGCAAAAAAUUCUCGAGUCCUGAAUCACCAGAAGUUUGAAAAGAAAAAAUUAGGUGCACAGGGCAGCUGUAAUAAGCAUAAAAAUAAAAUAUCAGGAAAUGGGCAGAUCUUUCAAAAGGAAAAAUCAUUAAGUGUGCCUCCUGUGCUGAGAGAAUCUGUUGUGCUCUCCUGUUUUGGAAGAGGUGCUAUUUCUCAGAGGCAUCAAUUACCACCAGAGGAAAACAUAUCUUAUAAAGAGUUUGUGUUUAAACCAGGAGCUUUUUUUGAGGUGGUGUGUUCCUACAUUGAUUCCCCAGCAGAUUUUUCAUGUCAAUUGCAAAGCAAAUUGCCAGAGUUGAAUAACUUGAUGGAACAAAUUCAGAUUUAUUAUAAAGUACAUACCAGCCCUUACAAAACUGGACAGGCUGCUUGUGUUGUUAAAUGCUCCAAAGAUGGGAGGUGGUACAGAGCAACUGUUGUGCAGCAAGUAUCUGCGGAUGAAGUUGAUGUGGUUUUUGUAGACUUUGGUAAUCGGGAAAGAGUCUUACUUAAAGAUAUUCAAGGUGUUCUUCCAGACUUCCUAGCUCUGGAAAGUCAAGCAUUUAGAUGUAGUCUUAAAAAUGGACCCUUGCAGAUUAACACACUUAAUUGGUCUGAAGAGGUGUGUAGACAUUUUGAAGACUUCAUUUCUGCUUCUCGAGGACCACUGAUUUGUAUCAUUUAUGCUCUAAUUCUUGUAAGCCCAAACUGCUUGUAUAAUAUAGUUGACUUACAGACGCCAUUCAUUAGUGCAGAAGAGUUUCUAAGAGAACGUGGUCAUACCCAGUCUGAAUAUAUUAGAUUGAGAAAAUGUGCAUCUCUGAGUUCUCUGUACAGUUUUUGCUACUCAUCUUUUAAUAUAAAAAUUGGAAGUGAGGAGGAGGUUUAUAUAACUCAUAUACAUAGUCCUUUGAAAUUCUAUUGUCAGCUUAAUCGAAACACUGAAACUAUAGAUGCAUUGAUGAAGAAGGUUAGUGAAAUAAGUAGAAUGCCAAAUCAUGCAAAAUAUGACAGCAAUACACGAUUAUGUAUAGCCAGAUAUUUUGAAGAUGGUCUCUUCUAUAGAGCUUUGGCUUUUCCUACGGAAUCAUCGUCCUAUUUGCUGGUUGACUUUGUGGAUUUUGGAAAUAAACAUAUGGUAGAGAGAGACGAGUUGAUGCCUAUUCCAGAGUGUGCCACUGACCUACUGCUAACACCCAUGCAAGCUAUUAAAUGCUGUCUUUCAAAUCUCAAGGAGACAGAAAUUUCAAUAAGAGUCAAUAGAUGGUUUGAGGAGACUUUCCUUGGUAAACUGCUGAAGGCUGUAAUUAUAUCCAGAGAACCAGAUGGCCAGAUUGUUGUCGAGUUGUAUGAUGGACAGCUUCAGAUAAGUCAGAAAAUUAGAGAAAAAAUAUUGGAGGAAUUGGCAGUUGUGAAAAAUUAUACAGAACAGUUUGUUGGAAGUUAUAGAGUGGUACACCACAUAGAAAAUGACAAAGAAAGUGAAAAACUAAAUGUGGAAGAUUCUGAAAGAACUCAUUUGAGAACUGAAGUGGAACGACAAGUAUGUGAUGUCUAUUGUCAGACAAAUACUGGGCAAAAUUUUGUAGAUGAAGAGCAGACAGCGCGCAACACGCAUGAUUUGUGUAGCAAGUCCUCGAAACUGUUGACUUCCCAGGAUAGUGAAGAACCAGGUGUUAGAAAUGGUGUUGGUGCUCUUCUGGAGCACCAAGAGAAACCUGUAGAUGAAAAGCUGCCUCCUCACUCACUGUGUCAGCCUCCUCUAAACUUAAAGGAAGUAACUGCGAAUACUGUCUUUGAAUCUUCUACUGAAAGACUAAAUUGUCCAGGUCAGCAGGAAAGGAGUGAAAAAAAUACAGCUAAAUUAACCAGUCUUCCUCAACGUGAUAUCCAGGUGAAUUCAGAAGUAGCAGGGUAUAUUUCUCAUGUAAAUAGUCCAUCAAGUUUCCAUAUUCAUCUUGCAGAGGAGGAAAACUUAAUAAUUCAACUAGCAGAAGAAUUAAAUGAAAGCACAGUGAAUGCAGGUCAUGAACAUGACUUAGGUGAGCUCAUGGUAGGGGAUGUUGUUUUAGCAGAAUAUUCUACUGAUUGUUUUUUUUAUAGGGCAGUUAUUAAAACUGUGAAAUCAGAAAACUCCUUUGAGGUAGAGUUCAUUGACUAUGGUAAUACAGCAGUUGUAAGUCCUUCAAAGAUCUACAGGAUUGAGACAAAAUUUUUAACAUUACCAAGGCUCAGUAUUCCUUGUUUCCUUAGCAGAGUAAAAAGUACUGCUGAUGAAAGCUGGACUAAUAAAAGUAUUUCCUAUUUUGUUAGAGAAAUCAAUAACAAGCCAGUCACUUGUAAGUUCUUGCAACAACUUGGAGAGUGGUGGGAAGUAGAUAUAAUUUGUGAGGGAAAGUCUAUGUCUGAUGUCGUUCUGCAGAAAAAACACAGGACAAGAUUGCAAAAUACAUCAACGCAUAGUCCGGAAAACACAUCAAAACAAAUUCUGAUUACAAAUACUGCAUCUCAAUACAGAGGAUCAAGGAAUAAUUUAGGGGGUCAAAGUAGAGCUAAGGCUGUUGGGACAAGAAAUACUUCCAAAACACUAUUAAAAGUUCCUCUUCAAGAUAUAAAUCCUGGACAGGUAGAAACAGCAGAAAUAAUUAAUGUUUCGGGGUGUGGAAAAUUUUGUGUGAAGCUACUUAGAAAUUUGCAGGUAUUACAUGAUUUAAAUGUAAUGCUUGUCAAAGAAGCAGAAAAAAAUGAUUUGCUUGCAGUGGAUAAUAUUGAAGAAGGAUUGGAGUGCAUAACAAAAUCUAAAAGGAACUUAAAGUGGUAUCGCUCGAAAGUGAUGAAGAAGUUUAGCAGGGAGAGGUUAAUGCUAGUUUUUUUCAUGGAUUGUGGCAAGUGUGAGAUGGUGUCCUUAAAUAAUGCAAAGAUGCUCAGUGAUGAGAUCAAAAGUAUUCCUAAACAAGCUGUGCCUUGUAAAUGGGUUUGGUUUAAAAAUUCAAAUAGAAUUCUGUUUGUCAAUUUAGUAAAUGCACUUUUAGAUCAUAAAAUAAGGAUCUUGUUUCUGAGAUAUUUGGAAUCCUCUCAUCUGUGGGAAGUAGAGAUUUUAAUAGGGGAAAUUCUACUUUUGGAAUAUUUGAAUAGGCUCUUAAUUCAUGAUAAGACCAUUGCUGGACCAGAGAAAUACAGUAAUAUAGACUGUAAAGCAUUUGCUACUUCCUUCAGGAUAAAUUCAGUCACAUGGAUGCUGCUGCAGAGUGGCAGAUGGUAUCCUGGGUUUGCAACUACAGUUACUGAUCCUUCAAACUUCUGCAUUCAGUUGGAAGGCUCAUUUCAGUGUAUGAAGAACUUGUCUCUGCUGCUCUCUGACCUUCCUGAUAAUCUGCCAGCUUUGCCAAAAGAACUUGUGGCUCCUGGUGCUGGUUGCUUGAUCAAGCUUGGACUAGAAACAGAGUGGAACAGAGCAGAAAUUAGUGAAGUGUCAAGUCAGUUUGUUGUUCUUACCUUCAUUGAUUAUGGCUUUCUGAAAAAGAUCCCUUACUCAGAUAUCCAUAAACUUAAAGUUCUUCCAGAAGAUCUGGCUUAUUUACCACGCUUGGCAUACUCUUGCUGUUUGUGUGAUACUGUUCCUUCCAAAGGAGAACACUGGAGUGAGGAAGCUAAACUUCUGUUUCGGAAGCUUCUUAGUAAACCAGGUCUGAUGCUCUGUUUUAAGCAGUAUGGCUCUGGAAUGAAAUUAGAGGUUGAUGUUCUGUACAAGCAGAAUAAUCUAGCAUGCAUCUUGGUUGCUGCUGGCCACGCAGUCUACUCUAGGAGUAGAUGCCGCCUCGUUCCAGUUGGCAAAAUUAAAUCGACCAAAGCCUAGUUUCUUGUGAUUCCCUUUCUGAGCCAAAUUAUAAUUAUGCUAAAAGCUUUGUCUUGCUGACAGAAGUAAAACAAGGAAGUAAAGUGCAAAAAAAAAAAAAGUAUCUAAAACAGCAGUAUGUGUUAAAGUUUCAAAUAAGGACUGUAGUGAAGUGAAUGCUUGAAUAUAAUUAACAAAGAAACUGAGUCCAUGUAAUACUGCAAAAUAUUGCAAAAGAUGGAUUUUAGUGUGGAGAAGUUUGUUCAGCUUUGUGCUGAUAUGAAAAAUAAAAUCAAAUCACACAAGAGUAAGCCUGCUAUCCCUGGUUGAAACUUGAGAUUCUGAUGAUCCAUGGCCUAGAAAGAAAGCAUGAGGAUGCUGUCAGAAUUUAUUUGAAUAAUAAAUAGACUACAUUAAGAAGGUAUCUCUUCACCGUAUCAUAAAAAUGAUUUAUAAAUACUGCUGUCUAAUGGUAUUUUUUUCAGGGUUUCUUGCUAUGUUUAUUUAGGUCAUUGUGUUUUUGGCAAAUCCUUAUCAAAAUACUUUUACAAUUUAUGUAUGAAGCAAUGUUACAAGUUAGGCAUAUAACUUUAUUUGCAAUAACAUCUGGUUUAUCAUAACUUAACCUUACUGAGUCCUUACUGUUUUGUAUGCUCAGAAAAUAAAUCCAGAAAAUCCAUAAUACUUGGAUCCCCGUUUAUGGGAGACUCUUCCAUCAAGUUGUUUUCAGAUGGCUCUUGGUGUAAGGAUGUGCUUGACUUAUCUCAGGGUUUUCUUUUGAUAACAUUACGUUAGUGUAGUUCUCUCUGCUGAGCGUGUGCAUCUGGUUGGUCUCUCCUCUCCAUGCUUCCAACACUUUCCUCUAAAUGGAGAGAGGAAGUUUUCUCUGUACACCACUUUGUGUCUCGAAGGAGUGUCAGUAAUCUUGAAACAUGUGGAGUAUUUUUCCUUUUCCUCUGUAGGAGGAGGAAAUUUCUGGGGAACUGAAAAUUGAUGAUACACUGUAUAUUUCUGAGAUUUUUUUUUUCCCCCAGUAACUGUUUUGAAAUUAUAAGCAUGUGUCAGGUGCUUCUACAUGCAACUUAAUGGUUAAUUAACUGACUAAGAUCUGGAUACCUUAAAAGCCCAGUCUGUUUGGGUGGUGUUAAUACACAACUUAUGUUAUGGAAUAUCCAACUUAAAAUAUGUAAGUACAUUAUUUUUUCGGUUUGUGUAUGAUUCAAAAACAUUAUCUAAUGUUACAAAGUGGAGCCUAGAAAUGACAGAUAAUAAAAAAUCAGCUCUGUGUAUAUUAUUUUGAUGUUCUGCAAGUUGAAAAUGUUGGAUUUAUUUUCAAAAAUGCUUGUUUUGAUUUUCAGUGUGAGCGGGCCUAGCUUAAGAUACUUGCUUCUGUGCAGAAGGUCUGAUAUGCAAACUGCCUAAAGUAAAAGCCAGAUAAUUAAAAUUAUUUUUAGUAGUAUGCUGUACCUGAAAAUAUAGAGAAUAGCUUUUGUUGCCAUGAAUCUGUGAACAAUCACAAUAGUUAAUAUGUUGAAUUUUCAGAAGUACAUUAUAAGGCUAUGUUUGGAUUGCUAUAUGAAGUUACUGGGAUGUUUGACUAUGAGUUUUGCUCGUAAUCGUCUUUCCUUUGUAUGGUCUUACUGUCCCUCCUCCCCCCUACCCCCAGCACCUUCGGUGAUAAUAGCAUUUUUCCUGUAAGUAGGAGAGGCUAUAAUUGUGAUCUAGUUGAAUACACUUUUCCAUGUAUUUCUGCUUGAAAGAAAUUGUCAUAUAUUUAGGAUAUAUUAACGUUUAGAUAUAUUUUCCCAUUUGUUUUGGGGCAAACUUGAUUCUGAGCAAAAACUUUGUUGAUGUGAUAAAAUUUCAUUAUUUGGAAACUACUGCUUACCAUUUGGUUUUAUUUCCUAAAUGUAUCUCUGUAAAUUGUUUGUACCAUGCCACUGAUUACUUUGAUCGUUUUAAUACAUGAAGGUGAUGGAGAACCACUUGCAUUUGUAUGGAAUUAAAAAUGUUCCAGUGUAUACUAA